ACAGAGGAGGCUGAGCUCCACAUUUCAGCGGCAAAUUUCACCGGAAUAUACUCAUAAAGGAGAGGAGAACUUACGGAGGCGCUGCGUAAAGACGCACGGAAAGAGUUAGCCAAGAAUACAGUCAAACCAAGACGGGACUCCACACCACGGAGCACGUUUUACCACCCUCUCUUUCUGGAUCUUUUUCACACUUUUGCCAACAUCGAUAAAGGACUUCUUUUCCCACAUUUUCGCUCCGUGUCUUGGGUUCUUUUCUCCCCAUGGAUUUAGCUCCCUGAGCGCCCGGCUGUAAUGGACUUUGCCCAGCGGGAUCACACAGCUUCUUCCACCGGUCACUAGUAGAGAGAGAGCCCGGCAGCUGUCGUUCAUGAUCCAGGAAGGCUGUUUUUGAUGGAUUUAUAAACUGAUUUCACCUCAGAUUUUAGGCUGAUUUGGAGAGGGAUACAGAGGAGAUCCUAACGCUCCAAAUGAGGCUCUCAAAAGUGGCUCGGGAUAAGGAGUGAUUUCUCCUCUUCAUCUCUGCUCGGACGGACCGGGAGGAAAGGAUCCGUUUUUAGAGACUUUGUGGGUUUCUGGAGUUCCCAAUGCCAGGGACUGGAGUGUGAGGCCAAUCCCAGGCUUCAAAUACAGAUUUUUAUACCUUUGAAUCAGAACAUCGCAUCAAGAAGAUGGCCUGGGUCUGCACGCUCUGCGUUCUCCUGCUGUGUUUGACGGACAAAGUCUCAGCCAGGGCCAUAGAGGAAGGAAGAACUAAAGAUCUUCGUGUCUCCAGGCCUCUGAUUGCCCCAGGUUACCCUGAAAACACGACAGCGGUGGUGGGUGGUCAGGCCAAACUGGUGUGUAAAAUCCACAGACCAGCUUCCACGAAGGUUCAGUGGUUGAAGACAGAGGUGGCCACAGCGGGACGAAGCCAAGGAGGACAGGCUCAGCUCAAAGCUCUGACGCCUCUGCAGAACAAUGCAUCCAAGCUGAACACUCUGCAUCUGUCCAACAUCACCCUUGAGGAUGCCGGAGAGUACAUCUGCAUGGCUGAGAGCACCCAUGGGGGGCAGACGGUGCAGGCCAUGCAGUCUGCAUGGCUCGAGGUCCUGCCUGGUACGAUCAUUUCCCGGACUGUGGACAUGACUGCUGCUGAAAUCCCCCCAGAUGUUCUGGAGGACUUGAGUGAAGACACCACAGAGCAUCUUCUGUUAGAGCCAGGAAACGUCCUGAAACUUCGCUGUGACAUGAGCACCCGGCCCGGGAUGGCAGUGACCUGGUACAAGGAGGGAAUUCGGAUUGUGCCCACACCACGAAUCCAGAUCCGCAGUGCCAUCAUGGAGAUCACAGACGUUACAUACGAGGAUUCAGGUGUUUAUGUUUGUGUUCUCCGGGGAUCCAAAGAGCCUGUGAGGAACUUCACCAUCACUGUGGCAGAUUCUUUGGGUUCUGGAGAUGACGAUGAAGAUAACGGCUUGGAGGACUCAUCAGCCGAGACUGAAAACGACCAGGUUUACUUCUCCAGAGGUCCUUACUGGACCCACACCCAGCGCAUGGAGAAGAAGCUGUACGCCGUCCCUGCAGGUAACACAGUAAAGUUCCGAUGCCCCGCCAUGGGAAGCCCCAUGCCCAGCAUCCGCUGGCUUAAAAAUGGACGUGAGUUUAGAGGGGAGCAUCGCAUUGGAGGCAUCAAGCUGAGACACCAACACUGGAGUCUGGUGAUGGAGAGCGUGGUGCCUUCAGACAGAGGGAACUACACCUGUGUGGUGGAGAAUAAAUAUGGCUCCAUUUCUCACAGCUAUGUCCUUGAUGUCCUCGAGCGGUCCCCACACAGGCCCAUCCUGCAGGCCGGUCUACCUGCAAACACAACAGCAGUGGUGGGCAGCGAUGUCCAGUUCCACUGUAAGGUCUACAGCGACGCCCAACCUCACAUUCAAUGGCUCAAACACAUAGAGAGGAAUGGCAGCCGUUAUGGUCAUGAUGGGACGCCAUAUGUUCAGGUCCUUAAGACUGGCAGUCUGAACAUGUCAGAUGUGGAGGUCCUCUACCUGUCCAAAGUCACCAUGGAGGAUGCAGGAGAGUACACCUGCCUGGCUGGAAACUCAAUCGGAUUUGCUCAUCAGUCUGCAUGGCUCACUGUUAUCUCAGAAGAGGAAGCAGCAGAUGCCAUGGACACAAUGGAGACCAAGUACACCGACAUCAUCAUCUAUGCCUGUGGUUUCCUGGCCCUGAUCAUGGCCAUCGUCAUCGUGGUGUUGUGCCGAAUGCAGGUCCAUCCAAGAAGGGAGCCGUUUGAUGCCCUGCCAGUACAGAAGCUCUCAAAGUUUCCUCUUCGGAGACAGUACUCUGUGGAGUCUAACUCGUCUGGAAAGUCCAGUGCCUCUCUGAUGAGGGUGGCUCGUCUCUCGUCUAGCUGCUCACCUAUGCUGGCUGGAGUCAUGGAGUUUGAACUUCCCUAUGACCCUGACUGGGAAUUUCCAAGAGAGAAUUUAACAUUGGGUAAACCUCUAGGAGAAGGCUGCUUUGGUCAGGUGGUCAGAGCUGAGGCUUACGGCAUCAACAAAGAUGCUCCAGAUCAGGCCACAACUGUGGCGGUGAAGAUGCUCAAAGAUGAUGCCACAGACAAAGAUCUGGCGGACCUUAUCUCAGAGAUGGAGCUGAUGAAGGUGAUGGACAAACACAAGAACAUCAUCAACCUGCUGGGAGUUUGCACACAGGAUGGCCCUCUGUAUGUGCUGGUGGAGUACGCCUCCAAAGGCAGUCUGAGGGAGUACCUGCGGGCCCGGCGACCCCCAGGCAUGGACUACACCUUUGAUGUGACCAAGGUGCCUGAAGAGCAGCUCACCUUCAAAGACCUGCUGUCGUGUGCCUAUCAGGUGGCCAGAGGGAUGGAGUACCUGGCCUCUAAAAGGUGCAUCCACAGAGAUUUGGCAGCCAGAAAUGUUCUGGUAACAGAGGACAACGUGAUGAAAAUCGCUGACUUUGGCCUGGCCAGAGGAGUCCACCAGAUCGACUACUACAAGAAAACCACCAACGGACGACUGCCGGUGAAGUGGAUGGCACCAGAGGCUUUGUUUGACAGAGUCUACACACACCAGAGUGACGUGUGGUCAUUUGGGGUUCUGAUGUGGGAGAUCUUCACACUGGGUGGCUCACCGUACCCAGGCAUCCCUGUGGAGGAGCUCUUUAAGCUGCUGAAGGAAGGACACCGCAUGGACAAACCCUCCAACUGCACACAUGAACUCUACAUGAUGAUGCGAGAGUGCUGGCACGCCGUUCCCACCCAGAGGCCGACCUUCAAACAGCUGGUGGAGGAGCUGGACCGGGUGCUGCUGUCCAUCUCUGACGAGUACCUGGACCUGUCCACGCCAUUUGAGCAGUAUUCGCCGUCAUGUGAGGACACAUCAAGCUCCUGCUCCUCUGACAACGACUCUGUUUUUACCCACGAUGCCUUGUCCACCGACCCCUGCCUCCUGGGCUACCAGGACGUACGCUCCCGGAUAGACAUGAAGACGGCGCUCCGAUAAACUAAAGGCACGCAUGCGACGAGAAGCGAACACCACUUUGGGCUUUUUGUGACACACUCUUGGCUGCCAUAUUAGAGAUCCAUCGCUGCGUUUCAGGUUGUUUUUGGUCCUCCAUUAUGGCGCCAGACGAAGCCCUUAGACACAAACACAUAGAAACACUUGGAGCACUGAGGCCGGUGGGCUACAUCACAGGAGGAAGAAAAGAGGACAAGCAAACGGUGGUACUUUGGACUUUCAGCUCUGGCACUGUGCCCAUGAACAGCUGUAACGUUGGAAAAACCGCGGCACUAAACACAACAGAGACCCUGGUACUUAAACGCCUCACAAGCUUUCUUUGAUCGAGUCUCCUUUGGAGAGACGACAGACAGACAGUGAGCUGGAGACUAAACCGGGGCGUGAAACCUCGCUGAUAAAGACAUUUUAACAAGAAAGAAAAGAUUUAUUUUGCUAUGAUAAAAAGAAGAAACUGAUUGUUAAAUAUAAAUCUCUUUAUAUAAGAUUAUUUUACUUUUGUGAUGCUUAUUUAAAAAGAAUACAGUCUUAAAUCUCAGGAUUUCUUUGUGCUAAGAAGUUGCUGUAGUGGCAGCGAAGUGCCUGAAUUUACGAUUUCCUGUGAAUAUAUUAGAAUAUCUAAAUAUUGUAUGUACAUAUCAACGACAUAAAGACGAUUGCCUUUUAUAAAUUAUUCUGAACGACACAAAAAUGAAGGUUACUGGAAAAGAAGAGAGGAAUUUAAUCGUGUUCAAGUGCCAAACCUGUCAUGACUAUCAUGCUUCAUUCAUGGACGAGUUUCAUUUCAAAAUACCAACAAGUUAUAAAUGAGCUCUGCAAAUUAUCACCUGAUUUUAAGUUUAAGUGAAGAUGCAUUGAGGUCGUACUUUAAGCUGUCAAAAAUGAGUUUGCAUCGGCAACAUUUACAACUAAAACUUUAUGCAUUUUGAGUUUUUGAUUGACGACAUAAAAACGCUAAUCUUGUUUUCCAUUGGCAACACAAACCGUAAAUUUAUGCGGUCAAAUAUUAUAACUUGGCUUCAACUUUUCAACCCUGAAAUUUUGAAAUGAAACUCGCAAUUCGCCACUUUUAUUAAAUUGCUUCUACCUCCGGUCCAGGAAAACAAUUUGUGGUUAAAUGAGAAGAAUCUAGUUGCUGUUGUUGGACGAAGACCUUCAAAACAUUUCACAUCUGCAUUCCCAAAGCUGAAAAAUCAAGGACCCCAAGGUCAUCAGACGGACUUAUUCACAUGCAUGAACAACCUUGUAAACUAUCAGACAAUGUCAUGUGGUCUUGGUCUAACAACAGCUCGGUCAGAGACGGGGUGUCCAGGGUGGGACUCGUCCUUAAAGGGGGACUCAAGCCCACUGUCAGCGCUGACAAGGAGAGGAGCACAGGGAGAAAGGAGGGGGGCUCUGAAUGUGAAAGCCAGUGUGAUUGAUUUCAAAUAGAAGAGAAGGGGGGGGGGUCCCUCCUUUGUCUGCCUCUAACCCCGU